GCGACAUCAAUAUCCUGCCGACGACGCAUGGGCCGGAUGAGCGACGUGUGGGGCAAGGGCAGCAAGUGGGUCGGCGGGCUCGAGGUCUCGCGCAACGACAGCCGCCUGUACCGGUCGUUCCAGCUGCCCAACAAGCUGCGCGUGCUGCUGGUCUCGGACGCGGCCACCGAGAAGGCGGCGGCGGCGCUGGCCGUGGGCGUCGGCCACCAGGCGGAUCCGCCCCACGUCGCUGGCCUCGCGCACUUUCUCGAGCACAUGCUCUUCCUCGGCACGGCCAAGUACCCGGACGAGACAAGCUACAAGACGUAUCUGAGCGCGCAUGGCGGCCGCUCGAACGCGUCGACGUCGGCGAUCGCGACCACGUUCUACUUUGACGUGGCGCCGCCGCACUUGCACGGCGCGCUCGAUCGGUUUGCGCAAUUCUUCAUUGCGCCGCUCUUCUCAGCGAGCGCCACGAGCCGCGAGAUGCACGCGGUCGACGCAGAGCACGCCAAGAACGUCCAGGACGACGCCCGCCGGCUCUACCAGCUCUCGAAAGAGCUCGCGAACCCCGCCCAUCCAUUCCACAAGUUUGGCACGGGCAACCUCGAGACGCUGUCGACGCGACCGACCGAUCUCGGCAUCGACGUCCGCGCCGAGCUGCUUGCGUUCCAUGCGCGCUACUACUCUGCGAACGCCAUGCACCUCGUCGUCUAUGGCCGAGACGACCUCGACACGCUCGAGCGCUGGGCCACCUCGCUCUUCGCACCGAUUCGAAACGACGUUGCUCGGCCGCAUGCGCCGCCAGCAAACGUGCAGCCGUACGAAGCAGCGCAGCAAGGUCGGCUCGUCUCGGUCGUCCCCGUGCGCGACCUGCGGACGCUCGAGCUCACAUUUCCGCUGCCGUCGCUGCAAGCGCACUUUCUCGACAAGCCGCAUCGUGUGCUCUCGCACCUGCUGGGGCACGAAGGCGUUGGGUCACUCUGCGCGGACCUCAAGGCCCGUGGGCUUGCGAACGGCGUCUCAACCGGUCUCACGCGGGACUAUGCCGACUGGUCGCAGUUUAGUAUCAAGAUCCAGCUCACGCCAACGGGACUGGACGCGAUCCCAGAGGUGGUCGAGACCAGUUUUCAAUACAUGGCACGUAUCGCCGCCGCCAGUGACGACGUAUUGCAGCGUAUCUUUGACGAAGCGCAGACGCUCAGCAUGCUCCAGCUGCGCUACCGCAACCAAGAAUCGCCGAUCUCGUACGUGUCGUACCUCACGCGCAACCUCACGCUGUUUCCGACCGAGCGGGCCGUCUCGGGGCCAUAUGUCCUUGAUCGGUUUGAUGCGACGGGAUUCCGGCGCGUUCUGCACCUGCUCACGCCGCACCGACUGCGCCUUCUGCUCGUGAGCAAGAGCUGCGUGCCAGAAGCAACCGAGCCGUGGCUGGGCGCUCGCUACAGCGACGCGCCAUUGGACCCCGAUUGGAUUGCGCAGUGGGAGUCGGCGACCUCGUCCAGCUUGCCAGACGCGCUGCAGCUGCCGCGGCCAAACCCGUUCUUGCCGUCGCAGCUGGGCUUGGUGCCCGAGACGACAGCGGUGCACCUCGUGCUCGAUGCCCCGACGAUCCGGCUGUGGCACAAGCAAGGCACGGGCUUUGCGCAGCCCAAAGCCAGCGCCCGCUUCAAGUGGUACACGCCGACAGCGUACGCAACGCCGCUCGCGGCCGUGCUCACCGAGCUCUACACGCUCUGGCUCGACGAUGUGCUGGCCACGUCCCUCUAUGACGCGCACGUCGCUGGCACCAAAGUCCACGUGUCCAACACGAUCGCGGGCGUGACGCUACACGUCGCAGGCUACAGCGAGAGCCUCCAAAGUGUCGUCGACGCGGUCUGGGCCCACCGGUUCACGCCCAUGAACCACGACAGUCUUCGCCGGCUCCGCGAAGCCCUGGAGCGCGACUUGGCCAACACACUCAUGGAAGAGCCGCACCGCUGGGCCGUGUACCAGCGGCAAUUAGCGCUCACGAGCACAAAGUGGUCGGUCGAGACCAAGCUGCGCGCACUGCAAGCCGUCCCGGACGACGACCUGCCGCGUCUCCUCGCUGCCCACGCUAUCGACCUCUUCACUGACCCGCGCGUCGAAGCGCUCGUGUACGGCAACCUUCUCGAGGACGACGUCCAGCGCCUUGUCGAGACAGUCCAUACACCGAGCGCAGCGAGUGGUGCGUUUGUGCAAGACGUGCUCGACACACGCAACUUUGCACUGACACGCGACGACGUGCUGCAGCUACCGUGUCUCAACGCCGCCAACGAGAACGGCGCGACACACGUAGCGUUCGAGUGCGGCCUCGACUCGACCGAAGCGCGCGCGACCUCGGCGCUUUUGGCGCAGGUGCUCAAGGUGCCGUGCUUUACGACACUGCGCACGACCGAGCAGCUCGGCUACAUCGUUUCGAGCAGCGCGGGCUGCAGUCAUGGAGUCGCGUACAUCUACGUGACGGUGCAGUCGAAAGCCAAGACGCCCGAUGAGGUGACGGCGCGGAUCGACGCCUUCAUGUCGGGGUUUCGCGAUCGGUUGGCGGCCAUGCCGGACGACGAGUGGGCCAAGCACAAGGCGGCGCUCAUCGGCAACCUCCUCGAGCAGCCCAAGACGUACGAGGAAGCGAGUGCGCGCGUCUGGGACGAGAUCGCGUCGCAGUCGUAUGCGUUUGACCGCCGGGCGGACGUUGCAGCCGCUGUCGACGCCCUCUCGAAAGCUCAAGUGCAAGACAUGUUGGACGACCGGCUUGUCAACACGGUGACGCGCAAGGCGCUCUGGACGCAGGUCUGGCCAAUUGUCAUGACGCAUGACGCGUCAGCGCCCUCGGCGCUCACCUCGAUCGAGGCGUUCCAAGCCGACCGUCAUUUGCACCCUGCACGCACCAAGGGCUCGGUCCUUACAGCCAAGCUCUAGGUCUUUCCGACGGGUUCCGUGGGAAAUCGAUAGUACAUUGAUAGCCCAAGACAAUAUACGUCACGGAUACAACACCA